ACUGUCCCAGUUUGGGGGGCUGGGGGCACUGGAGUGGCAUGGUCCCAGUUUGGGGUCUCUGUCCCAGUUUGGGGGGGCACUGUCCCAGUUCGGGGGUGCUGGGGUCACUGGUUUGGGGGUCCCAGUUUGGGGGGCACUGUCUCAGUUUGGGAGUCCUGGGGGCACUGGUCUGGGGGGCACUGUCCCAGUUUGGGGUGCUGGGGUCACUGGUUUUGGGGGCACAGUCCCAGUUUGGGGUGCUGGGGUCACUGGUUUGGGGUCUGGGGUGCUCUGGCCCUGGUUUGGCUGGUGGGGGCCGGCACCUCCGGGUUUGGGAUUUGGGAUUUUUUGGGAUUAUUUGGGAUUUCAGGGCUGGGCAGAGCUGGAGCCGUGUCCGUGUGUCCAUGUCCAUGUGUCCAUGUCCGUGUCCCCGUGUCCCCGCUCCGGCCGCUCCCGGUGUCCCCCAGAUUUGGCUGGUUUGGAGUUCCCAGGAGUUCCCGUGUGCAUCCAGCUCCUGGUGGGGACAUCCUGGGUGGGGACAUCCCGGGUGGGGACAUGCCGGGGUCAGGACAUUGCGGUGCUGCAGCGUCCCACUGUCAGUUCCGGGAUGGGAUCAUUCCAAAAUCUGAUGGAACAUUCUGGAACGGGAUCCCUCUGGUGCCAGAACUGGAUCCCUCUGCUCUUGGAGCAUCCCAAACCUGGAGCAUCCCAAAUCUAGAGCAUUCCCAUAUCCAAGCAUCCUGCUGUGGGAUUUUCUUCUUGUGGGAUUUUCAUGAUGUAGGAAUAUCUGCUGUGGGAUUUUUCCUGCUUUGGGAUUUUUCCUGCUUUGGGAUUUUUCCUGCUGCGGGAUUUUCCUGCUAUGGGGUUUUCUUCUUGUGGGAUUUCCAUGAUGUAGGAACAUCCUGCUGUGAGAUUUUCCUGCUCUGGGAUUUUCCUGCUCUGGGAUUUUUCCCGCUCUGGGAUUUUCCUUCUGUGGGAUUUUCCUGCUGUGGGAUUUUCCUUCUUUGGGAUUUUCUUGAUGUGGGAUUUUCUGGCUGUAGGAUCAUCCUGCUAUUGGGUUUAUCCUGCUUUGGGAUUUUCCUGCUGUGGGAUUUUCCUGCUGUGGGGCCGUCCCAGUAUCAGAGCAUCCCCAUGGUGGAACGUUCUGGUGUCGGAGCUUCCUGGUGUGGGCACAGCCUGGUCCCAGUGCUGGGAUGUCCCAGUACCAGUCCAUCCCAGUACUGCAGUGUCCCACUGCUGGGACAUCCCCAUGGUGGAACAUCCUGGUGUUGCAUCAUCCCAGUGCCCGAGCAUUGCAGUGCCAGUCCAUCCCAGUAUGGAGCAUCCCAGAACCAGUCCAUUCCAGUAUGGGGCAUCCCAGAACCAGUCCAUCCCAUUCCCAGCCCAUCCCAGUACCAGUCUAUCCCAGUAUGGAGCAUCCCAGUGAUGGAACAACACAAUACCAAUCUAUUCCAGUACCAACCCAUCCCAGAACCAGUCCAUCCCAGUAUGGAACAAUCCCAGUGA